AGUAGGGCGAUUUGCAAUGGUUUUUUCUCUUUCUCUUGUUUUCCGGGAGAUAAACUGAAGCUAAGCUGCAGCUGGUUCAAGAACCUGUCUACUUUCUCUGUUUUGCACCAUUAAUCAUCGGGGAUUCACAGUCGGGAUGGCAGCUGUUAAAAUGACGGAGGGUACAGUGCAGGUGGAGAGCUGCAACGCGCCACUGUUUUACAGACAAAGCGAACCUGUGACAGGAGAAGCAAAAGUGUCGGUUUUGCUUCUUCACGGCAUACGUUUCUCUUCAGAAAACUGGCUCAGCAUCGGCACUCUGGAGAUGCUGGCCAAAGCAGGUUGCCGCGCGGUCGCCAUCGACCUGCCAGAACUUGGUCGGUCUAAAUCGGCCAAAGCCCCGGCGGCAGUGGGAACACCCGCCCCUGCAGGUUUCCUCAAAGAGGUGUGUGAGCAGCUGAAUCUAACCCCGGCGGUGGUGAUCAGCCCAUCCCUUAGCGGAAUGUAUUCCCUGCCCUUCCUCCUCGAGCACCAGGCUCUGGUGCGAGCCUACAUCCCUGUCGCUCCCAUCUGUACGGACAAAUUCACAGCGGAGCAGUACCAGAGCGUAAAGGUCCCAUCGCUGAUCGUUUACGGUGACCAGGACCAUCAGCUCGGGGAGGUGUCGCUCCGUAACCUGAGCAAUCUGGCCAAUCACAAAGUGGUGGUGAUGAAGGGAGCAGGCCACCCCUGUUACCUGGACGACCCAGACACUUGGCACAAAGCUCUUACAGACUUCCUUAACACGCUGUGAAGCUCUUUGCUGUGCAUUAGCAGCGCGAUCGCCAAGAAUGCGGUCACGCAUAGGCAAACGCAUUAAUCACUUGUGAAGAAUUGAACUCACGUAUUCCCAAUGCUUAACCUGAUUUGUAUGUUUUGAUACGUCUGCAAAUCGGGCCUUUUCUAAUGGUGACAGCAGAUGAACUUUUCCUUAAAAGGUUGAAGCCUGAAGCUUUUUGAGAAAUAUUGUUUCUUAAAUGAGAAAACCUGAUGUCAGUCUUGAAUCUGUACACUAAACACAAAGCUCAAGUCUGUAGCCGACUACUGAACCCAGGCGUGUAGGAUAACGACACGUGGUUCUCCCACAUCACUGAACAGCGUCCAUUAUUUCCACUCUGGAAACUUUGUUUCCUGUUUCGUUGUUGUAAAAUAUUUAGUUUGAGUAAUUUUGGUUU